CCGGGGGAUAAAUCACUGAAAACCACAAAUUUAACAAAAAAAAAUACUUUCAUGUAAAGAAAUUCGAGGCUUCCGAAAACAUAACCUCACUGUCGGUGAGGCUGUGUAUUUUUCUUGGUCAUAACAGUGUUUUAAAAUCAACUAACCAUGGCUGAAACAAUUACUAACGUAUUGAACGAUAUUCUGAAAGUUGAGGGCAUAGAGGAAGCCUUCAGUUGCUUUUUGGUGCACAGGCCAAACUCAGAACAGGAAAAAGUAACCCAUUGGGUAUCGCAGCUUUCUAAUGCUUUCAAAACUUUACCUCCUGAGCAUGUGGAUAACGCGAUCAGGCAGUUUUUGUCUAUUUCCUCUGAUUGUUCUCAGAGCCAACUGCAAUUGUUGUUGGAUAUUCUAGAAGCUUUGGUUAAAGCAAAUGUGUUAUCGUCAAGACAUGUCUGCGAAAUUGUGAUUCAAUAUGAAAAGUUGCACUAUAACAAUCCGCAUUUUUGGUUGGCAUGCUUUAAGAUGAUUAAGAAAAUGAUUGAUUUGGUGGAAUAUAAAGGCGUUAGAGAGAUUAUGAAGGGUUGUUGCGAAAAGGCAAAAAUUCUACCGCUCAAACUUAACACAAGCCUACAGCCUCUGGUAAAGGCUUUACUCGAAGUCACCGAAAAAAUUAUGGAUAGGAACGCUUGUCUCAUACCUGGAUACCUAUUGGUCAACGAAUUACAAAAAGCCUACCCGGAUUGCCCUCAUUGGCGACUGGCGGGCCUAUUUUCAGAUUACGUUGAAAGUUUUAGAGCAUGCGCUCAAAUGGUUUCAAUAAUAGGUCAGGCUGAUAUGCGUCCGGUUGUCGAACAUUCCGGAUGUCCGGAACAUAUGGUGAAUCCAUGGAAAUUGGAUCCCUGCACCUUAAGAUUUACCCUAAAGGGCACUUUACCCUACGAACCAGAACUCCUGAAUAAGCAGACAGGGCUGCUACGUUAUGUUCUAGAGCAACCCUACAGCAGAGACAUGGUGUGCGGCAUGUUGGGCCUGCAGAAGCAGCAAAAAUUAAUAUGCAUCGCGUUAGAAGAGCAACUAGUCGAGCUGGUUAUUCUGGCAUUGGAAAGAACUGAGGCUGAGGGCGACGAAUCGGCCACCCAGGGCUUGUGGCUGCAUUUGAGCUCGCAGCUGAUUUAUUUUGUGCUGUUCCAGUUUGCCAGCUUUCCCAAGAUUGUAAUGGCCUUGCAUUCCAGAUUACAAGGUAGAGAUCUCCGUCGCGGAAGAGACCAACUAAUGUGGGUGCUUCUUCAAUUCAUUUCCGGUUCCAUACAGAGAAACCCUCUGUCGAAUUUCUUGCCGGUUUUGAAUCUUUACGAGCUGUUGUUCCCGGAACACGAAGGCCCUCUACCGGUGCCCGACUACAAUCAACCUCAGUGCACGCGGCAAAUGGCCAUGAUUUGCAUUUGGAUACAUUUAACUAAAAAGGCACAACUAGAACAAGCAAGCAUAUCUUGGACAGUUCCGGCAAAAUUACGACUACAUCACGAUUUUCUACAGCAUUUGGUGCCACCUAAUAACGCAGCACUAGCUAUGGGAAAUGAUUACAGAAUAACAUUAUUAUGUAAUGCUUAUUCAACGAAUCAGGACUAUUUUAGUAAGCCCAUGGCGGCGCUAGUGGAGACCAUACAGGGCAGUUCGAAGUGCGCAACUCCCCCCACGGCCCCCUUAAGCAUGGCGGUCUUGGACUCCCUCACCGUGCAUUCCAAGAUGAGUUUGAUACACAGCAUCGUGACCUACGUCAUAAAACUGGCCCAAACUAAAUCGGGAAUGCCGCUUGCGCCGGCCCUGGUGGAAACGUACAGCAGAUUGCUGGUUUACACCGAGAUCGAAUCGCUCGGAAUCAAGGGAUUCAUAAGCCAGCUGCUGCCGCAGGUUUAUAAAUCUCACGCCUGGGGUACUCUGUACACUCUUUUGGAAAUGUUCAGCUACAGAAUGCAUCACAUUCACCCCCACUACAGAGUGCAGCUUUUGAGUCACCUACACUCACUAGCUGCGGUACCACAAGCCAAUCAAACUCAGCUGCAUUUGUGCGUCGAAUCUACAGCUUUAAGACUCAUAACAGGUUUGGGUAGUGGAGAGGUUCAGCCGGAAUUAUCUAGAUUCCUGGCCGACCCCAAAACGUUAGUUUCUGCGGAAUCCGAAGAAUUAAAUAGGACCCUGGUUUUAACCCUGGCCAGAGCUACGCACGUUACAGGGGCGGACGGUUCGUGGUGUCACGAAUUGUUGGCCACCAUCGCGCAAAGUACCCCUCACACAUGGGCCCCACAUACUUUGGAAUACUUUCCCAGAGCUUUGGCUGAAUUCUUCACCCAACACGGAGUACCAAGGGAAAACAAGCAGCAAUUAAAGAAAGCUGUGGAAGAGGAAAACCGAAAAUGGGCCUCGAUGAACAACGAAAACGACAUUAUGGCCCAUUUCGGGGGCGCCGGCGCUCCGCCCCUGUUUUUGUGUCUGCUGUGGAAGAUGCUGCUAGAGACCAAUCACAUCAGCCCUAUCGCUUACAAGAUUCUGGAACGUAUAGGUGCAAGAGCCCUUUCGGCGCAUCUGCGAAAGUUUUGCGACAACUUGGUGUACGAGUUCAGCAACUCGCCCGGAGGUCAGCACGUCAACAAGUGCGUCGACACGAUCAACGACAUGAUUUGGAAAUACAACAUCCUCACCAUUGACAGAUUGGUUCUGUGUUUGGCGCUCAGAACGCAAGAGGGCAGCGAGGCGCAAGUUUGCGCUUUCAUCAUACAACUGUUGCUGCUCAAACCGUCAGAAUUUAGAAAUAGGCUGCAAGACUUCGUUAAGGACAAUUCGCCGGACCACUGGAACCAGACCAACUGGCACGAGAAGCACCUCGAGUUUCAUCGCAAGUUUCCGGAAAACAUCGCGCCCGAAGAGCAGUCGAGCGUCUAUCACCCGUACUUUGGCAACGUGUGCCUGCGAUUUUUGCCCGUCUUCGACAUCGUCAUACAUCGCUUCAUCGAGAUCGUGCAGGUGCAAAAGAGCAUCGAGAUACUGCUCGAGCACCUAGGCUGCAUGUACAAGUUCCACGACAGACCUGUCACCUACCUGUACAACACCUUUCACUACUACGAGAGCAAUUUGAGCGAGAGGCCGCCCUUGAAGAGACGGCUGGUUGCCGCCGUCUUAGGAAAUCACAAGGAGACCUUGUCAGCGCAAUACCAAGCUUUUCUUUUGAGGCCCAUCGAUGAAUUGUGGAUCCCAGAGUUGGAUUAUUAUAUUCAGCAAGUUAGGAAAGUGGUCGAAGUGCUUAGAGGCACAUCUGAACAUUCCAUGACCGACUGGAGGUUCAACGAAUUUCCUAACUCCGGCGCACACAUUUUAUACAUAACAUGUGUGGAAUUAAUGGCUUUAUCAUCUGGACCCACCGCGGUCGCUAAUGGACUUUUGGACGUUGUUAUUAAAGGUUUUGUAACAGUACCUUCUUCUGAGAUGCACCAAUGGAUAAACGCCAUUGGUUUAAUACUCUCGGCACUUCCAGGCAGUUUCUUUAACGUGCUGCACGACAGAUUAGUGUCCACAAUCUCGAAGCUCAACACUUGGUCGUUCGAUUGUUCUUUGUUUAGACUCUUCAACUUCCAGGAGUGUCAUUUGGGGUUACUGCACAACGAGUACACGUACAUGUUGGCGCUUGCGCACUCGGUCUGGCACCACGCCGGUCCCGGACAAAUUAACGGGGUUCCCCGGUGGGUCAAGGACCAUCUGCCGGCCGUCGUGCGAACCGAAGAGCAGUUUCUCUUCGUCUGCCACUUGGUCGGGCCGUUUCUGCAGCGAUUCAACGCGAACAUCGUCAACUUGACCAACUGCUUGUACGAGUUGCUGGCUCAAGUUGACCAGACCAUCGAGGAGUACAAAUACAUGGACGAAAUAUGCGACUUGUUGUACCACAUUAAGUAUAUGUUUGUCGGGGAUUGCAUGAAGAAAGAGUUGGAGACUGUGGUGAGAGGUUUGAGGCCUCAAUUGCAACGGAGGUUGAGGUUUAUAGCGCACUUAAAUAUCGAAGAAACUACUGCAUCUUAAGUAUUAAGGUUUUUUUAUUAAAUUAAUAAAUAUAACAAUUUUUAUUUAUA